AUGUACAAGCACAGCGUAGUUCUAUUGCUUCUCGGCGUUGUUGCCGCUGUACGGGCCGCAUCACUGUCUGCUCCAGCUGAAGACCAAUGGAUGCUAGUUCCAGACGGCAACGGUCGGUUGCAUCUGGUGAACCUCAACCCGUACAACGUCGAUGAGACCGUACCAGAGCCGUACUUCACCGCGGCUACUGACACGAUCUUCCGGUUGUACACACGUGCCAAUCGAAACACCCCACAGGUCGUGCAGCUGAACGAUGCCGGCUCUCUGAGUGCAUCGAACUUCAACACGGCUCACCCGACCCGAUUCGUCAUCCACGGCUGGAAUAACGACGGUUUCUCGGAGGUGAACAUGAUCCUGAAGGAUGCCUGGCUGGACCGGGGUGACUUCAACGUCAUCACCGUCGACUGGGGAGUAGGAGCGCAGACGAUCAACUAUCCUUUCGCUCGGGCUCGCGUUGGUGCCGUCGGCAACGUGGUGUCCACGUUCAUCAACUUCCUGCAGGCUAACACGGGCAUCAGCUUCGCCAGCAUCAGCAUCGCAGGACACAGUCUGGGUGCGCAUGCCGCCGGUAACGCCGGUUUCUUCCAGUUCGGUCGUCUAAACACGAUCUUUGGCAUGGACCCGGCUUUGCCGUUGUUUUCGCUCGACAGUACCGAUCGUUUGACGCUGAAUGAUGCUCAGUACGUCGAGUCCAUCCACACGAACGCCGGUUUGCUCGGAUUCGAUCUGCCCCUAGGACAAGCUUCUUUCUACCCGAACGGAGGCCGCACACAACCCGGUUGCGGUGUUGACAUCACGGGUGCCUGCGCACAUGGACGCGCCUACGAGUUCCUGGCCGAGUCGAUCGUGUCUGGAGGAUUCACCUCAGUGCGUUGCGGCUCCUACGACGAGAUCCUCACCGGAAACUGCGCCGUUCAGGGUCCGAGCCGACCGAUGGGCGGUGAACCGUCCAACUUUGGCACUGGCACCGAGGGGGCUUUCACGCUCACCACCCGUGCCGCUGCUCCUUUCUCGCUGGGAUAG